GAGGAGGCGCUUCCCACCGCGCCGGCCUCGCCGGACGGGAAACCUAAGCCGUCCCUUGCCUUCGCGUCCGUACUCGGGAGCUUUGCUGCUCCCUGAGCUCGUCCGAUGCCUCGAUUCGGUCGCGGGUGGAAGCGGCUUAGGAAAGUGCCUCGAGAAGGUUUCGUAGGUUAGACUCGAGACGAGGCAAGUUUCUCCUCUUGGCAGAGAACCCGCUCGAGCACCGUUGCUCUUGCCGGGUACCGCCAAAGUUAGCGGGGACGCGCACGGGCAAAAGGCUUACGCGGCCAGCUUCUUUGCAGCUUCGAGGGUUUUUUUGCCACGUCUGCAUUAGCUUUCUCUUCUCCGACCUGCGUUUUAAUCGCUGUCACCAGCACCUAGGUCGAGCGGGUCCCAGUGCCAGGACAGGGCACUGCGGACCUCGGCGUCCUGGGGGAGCAUCACCUCCCCUGGGGGACGGUGAGCUGCGUUGCAGCUGUAGCGCUUUGCGGGACGCGGGGCUUUUCGGACGUGACGAUUUCUCGAGGCCGCUGCCCUUCCUUGCGUCUCGCUUUGCUCCUUACGGAUCCGCUCCGUGGGGCUUUCACGGGCACAGCCUUUCCUGUCUGAUUUUUCCGACCGGCUGAGGGACUUGGUGACACGAGUCGCCCGGCAGCCGAGGCUUGUUAUUAAAGGCCUGCCAAACGGGUGGCAAACUUUGCAAUUUUAGAUAGGGACGGAUUUUUUUGGUCUUCUUUUCCCCUCUUUUCAGCACAUUGCGCGGAGUAUCUAUAAUUACUUACAGCGUUACUGUGUCUUUAAAUCAGCUUAAGCAAAUACAUGUAGGCAAAGCCUGGCUCAGCACAACGGCCGGGGGUUUCGGUGCAGCGAAGGGGGAAACCCAAAGCGAGAUUAGGACCGCCGGGCAGGCCAGAGGCCGGAUCCAGCGCCUCGCAGUGGCUUCUGCGGAAGCGUGCCGGGGACGUGGUCCGGCUUCUCGACGGCUGGAUUUCCUCCCGGCUUCGUCGGUCCUUGGGGCCGCUGUAACUUCCGACCUCUGUGUGAGAAGUAACGUGGGACACAAUAAACCGGUUUCUUUUCUUUUCUCGGUUAGGGGUUUCGAUUUUUUCCCUGGCUGUAUUUGAGAUCCGUCGUGAGUCCCGCGAGGGGAUCGUCUCGAUUUCCACCCCAACCCGUUCGCUUUACAGGGCUUGUCGGGAGCGCUGCUCAGGGCCGGAUCCUGCCAAGACGUCGCGGGGAGCUCUCCGCCCUCACGCUCGGGCUGCACCCCCGGACCCCGCGCGGACGCUUGAUGAGCACCUAGGAAAACGAAUGCAGAGCGGCCUCUCGAGCCCCAGCGGGUCCUGGUCGGUGACAAGCAGCUGUCAUGAUCUCUACGGCACCUCUCUACAGCGGGGUGCACAACUGGACCAGCGCCGAGCGCAUUCGCAUGUGCGGCCUCAACGAGGAGAGGUGAGGAGAGCCCCACUUUCUGAUGAGGAGUCUAAAACGAGCAGCUCCCAGCACUUGGGGUCUCAAGAGUUUUGCGUCAGCAGCAGCCUUUCCAAGGUGGAGCUCACAGCAGUCAGCGGUGGUGGCAGCAAUGCCCAGGGGCUGGAUGCAGAUGGCAAGGUGGAAGAAAAGCUUGGUCCCAAAUUGGAAGAGCAGCUGCCUGAUCCCAACCCAAGCCCGGAGUGUAUGGGAAAGACUGUGAAGGAAGAUGAUGUCCUGGGCCCUCUGGCAAGCCAGGGGGAUGGCAGAGGGCAAGAGCCAGCAAUCCCCAGAGCUGCUGAGCAGGAGAGCACUGGUGCUGAUGCUGCCUGGACACCUGCAGAUCCUCACAGUGACAAGCAGGCCGAUGUUCCUCCAGCCUGCUCCGCAGCUCCAGAGAGCGAGCCUGCUGCGAAGGAGAAAAGCACCCCGAGCACUGGAGCACAAGGCCUGGGAGUGCUGGCAGAGGGGACGUUAUCCGUGGUUGCUUCCAACUGCAACACCUCAGCCUCCACCCCAGCUACUUUCACUUUGAAUAGAGUGUGCUUUCCCACAUCUCAGGCCCCUGCUAUGCAAAAAAUGCCCCUGACCUUUCAGCCUGGGACAGUUUUGAGCCCAAGCCAGCCACUAGUGUACAUCCCUCCACCCAGCUGUGGGCAGCCGCUCAGUGUGGCUACACUUCCAAGUACCUUGGGGGUCUCCUCCACGCUCACCCUCCCUGUCCUGCCUUCCUAUUUACACGAGCGUUGCCUGCCAGGAAUUAUUGCUUCUCCAGAGCUGCGCUCCUACCCCUACACCUUCUCUGUGACCAGACCUUUGACUUCAGAUGCCAAAGUGGUGUCUGUGGAGGUGAAUCAGCUCAGCUGCUCUUCACCUUCAAGCGGAAGUGGUGCCCAAACUGCUGCCGAUGGUGCUCCCCCAUCCACAGCUGGCCCUUCCCUCUCGUCCAGCCAGCCUCCACUGGCAGCACCAGGUGGAAGCAGUGCCCCUUCGUCGGGCACUGGUACGCAUGCCAGAGCCCCAGGGGCUCCCGAGCCGCACGUGCAGGGCGCUACUACUUCACUUUCUCCUCUGAAGUCCCCUCCGCAGCUAGAGCGUGAGAUGGUCUCCUCUCCAGAGUGCAGCGAGAUGCCUCUCGAUCUCUCCUCUAAGUCCAAUCGCCAGAAACUGCCCCCGCCUAGUCAACGCAAGACACCUCCUAUGCCCAUCCUCACACCCGUGCACACCAGCGGCAAAGCACUGCUCACCACAGUCCUGUCCAAGUCCCAGCGCGCGGCCCAGAGCACAGGCAGCAGUGUCACCUCGUGCCUGGGCGCCACCCCGCCCUUCGUCAUCUUCCCUGAGUUCCUGCGUAACGGGGAGCAGGGCUCCUGGGUGAAGAAUACCACGCUCAUCAGCACCAUUCCAGGCACCUACGUCGGGGUGGCCAACCCGGUCCCUGCCUCGCUGCUGCUCAGCAAGGACGCCAGCGUGAGCUUCAGCAGGGACCCUCGCCACCUUCCCAAGCAGGAGCCUAUUUCCAUUGUCGAUCAGGGAGAGCCUCGAAACACCGGGAUUCCUUGUGGGAAGAAAGCCAGCCAGGUCGGUGCAGAGGGACAGCAGGAUCCUGCUAAGAGACUUCUUCAUGGCAGAGUUGCUUCAGGAGCUCCUUUGUGUCAAUCGAAGGACAUCUCUACCUGGAAUCCUGGCCAGGGAAGUGUUUACCCCCGUUGCCCGGUAAAUGGAAAACCUUCCAAUCCUCAGCUUCUGCCUCUCGGCUGGUCUCCUUAUCAUCAAACGCCUCUGCUUUCGAUCGGCAUCUCCACAGUGGGGCAGCUGCCCCCAAACCAGAGCAGUACCUGCAAGCCCUCUGGCGCAGGGGAGCUCCCGACGUUCCCCAGCGUGCAGCCGGCAGAGUCUGGCACGGCAACGCAAAGCACGCCGGAGGGAGUGCCCAGGCUCCCAUCUCUGGAACGGGAAGCUGCCUCCAAGAGCAAGAACUGCCGGGCCUUGCCCAAGCUCUAUGAGGAGCCUGCCAAUCCAGGCCCGCUGAAUGCAGGUCCGUCUCUUCAGGCCAGCCCUUUGGAUGUGAAGGGGGGAAAGGGGAAGCCAGAAAACCCUCAGAAGAGUCAAGAGUGUGAUGAACCAGAGGCUGACUCCAGUAAGGAGAGCAACGUACAGACUGAGGCUCCCCAGGGGAGCUGUAGCCUCAAACAGCUGGAUGCAAAGCCUAAAAACCAGGUGUUAGCAGCCUAUUUGUCGCACGAUCUGCCCACGGUAGGGCAGCAGAGCCUGCGAACAAUUUCGGAGGUGCCCGCUGCACCCACAGAGAGUCAGCGCAAGGAGGGGGGCUGCGAAGGCUCCCAGGAGCAGCCAGCUGCAGAGCCGCCCCAGUGCAUGCGUCAGGUGGAUCUAUGCAGGAUCAAGAAGGAGCGAGUGGAGUGUGACAUGUCAUUUGCUUCUGCGGCCUGCCUGCGUGCUGGGGCUGCUGCCCAGGCCUUUACUGAGGUCAAGCUCAAGGCAGCGGGCCAAAUCAAACAAGAGGGCAGCGCACGCUGCAAGACCAAGCGGCAGCAUGAUGGGGAUAUCAAGCAGGCUCACAAGAGACUGAAAUGCAAAGCCCAGGACAGUGAGGAGCUCGCAAGCAAAUCAGGGAGCCGGAACAUGCAUGGCCGGAAGUGGCGAAAACACCACGAUGAUCUGCAUGAAAUUAGCCAGCGAGAAAGCCGAGCUGGCCUGGGAUCAGUGAAAGAUCACAACAGCCUCAGACUGAAGCGUAAGCGCAGGAGGCCGGCAAAGACAGAGUUCCCAUCGCCAGCACACCGUGGGGACAGCCACGAGGAAGGUUACCUUGAGAAGAAGCCCAAGAACAAUUUCCGGGAUUUCAUUCCAGUGGUGCUGAGCAGCCGGACGCGUAGUCAGUCAGGAAGCGUUGCUGGCUCUUCUGCUAGCUUGACGGGAGAGUGUGAUGUGACUGGUCAGGAGAUUUUACCAUUGGAAGAGGAUCAGGAAGAAGAAGAGGACGAGGAGGAGGAGGACGAGGAGGAAGAGGAGGAAGAGACGUCCUUGAAAUGUCGCAAGCUGCGAAAAUCCCACAGGACAUCACGCUAUCAUAGUCGCAGGGCCAGGGACAGGUCUCUGUCAGAGAGGAGCAGCUGUCACUUGCGGAGGGCCCGGGAACUGCCCUGGAGAGUGGAAGCACCCAGGCAGCUGUGGGAGCCCAAUGAGGAGGAGGAAGAUGACAGCCACAUCAAAAGGAAGAAAAGGAGACGGCAGAAAAGUCGGAAAUACCAGACGGGGGAAUAUUUGACUGAGCGAGAGGAGGAGCAAGUGGGCUACCCCCACAGAAGGCGAAAAUCCAAAGCAGAUUUUAGGUACCGGAAGCAGAAGGAGUCUGGGCAGGGCAAAGGCACAGAGCUACGACUGAGAAGUAGGCUUUCCCCAUCUCCCCGAAAGUCUCAAGGACGCCCAGACUUUCGAAAUGGCUUUUACCUGGAGCACUCGGGCAGCUCUCCCAUCCAAGAAGAGCUGGAGAAACCAUCAGGAAAACGCAAAUGCAAAACCAAACACCUGGCAGGGAUCUGUGAUGAGGGGAAGGUGAAAGGACGCUGGAAUCAGCCCAAAAUGCACUCUCUGAAGAAGCCUCAGGACUUGUGGCCACUUUGUAAGUCCCGUCGGGUCAGCCCAGGGAGUUCCCCUGAGUUACCUGUGGCCCAGCACAUUCCUCCCGAAGCUCGGCGGCUGAUUGUGAACAAAAAUGCUGGGGAGACCCUUCUGCAGCGAGCGGCCCGCCUGGGCUACAAAGACGUAGUGCUCUAUUGCCUGCAGAAAAAGAGUAGUGACGUGAACCAUCGUGACAACGCUGGCUACACAGCUCUGCAUGAAGCCUGCGCGCGGGGCUGGAUUGAUAUCCUGCACAUUCUGCUGGAACAUGGCGCCAACGUGAACUGCAGCGCGCAGGAUGGCACAAGGCCUGUCCACGAUGCAGUAGCAAAUGACAACUUGGAAACCAUGUGGCUUCUACUCUCCUAUGGUGCUGAUCCCACUCUGGCCACGUACUCUGGACAGACAGCUGUGAAGCUUGCCACCAGUGAAGUGAUGAAGCGCUUCCUUUGCGAUUACCUUUCGGAUCUCCAGGGCCGUACGGAUGGGGAUCCUCGAACAGCAUGGGACUUCUACAGCAGCUCUGUACUAGAGGGGAAGGAUGGCUUUGGAUGUGAUCUCCUGCUCAACCCUCCAGGAAGUUCAGACCAGGAGGAAGAUGAGCAAGAAUCAGACAACUUCAUGUUUGAGUUCUCAGACAAGCCACUGCUUCCCAGCUAUAACCUCCAAGUGUCAGUCUCUCGGGCGCCCUGCAACUGGUUCCUCUUCUCCGACGUUCUCAAGCGACUGAAGCUGUCCUCCCGCAUAUUCCAGGCCCGCUUCCCGCACUUCGAGAUCGCCACGCUGCCCAAGGCCGAGUUCCAGCGCCAGGUCUCCCUCAGCCAGGUGCUGGCCCAGGCCGAAGUGCCGGAGAGCCCCGAGCUCGCGCCGGGCGCUGCAGAGACAGUGGAGCUGGUGCACUAUGAGCCCGAGCUGCUGCAGCUGCUGGGCUCGGCGGUGGAGUACGAGGCCUGGAGCAGCUGACGGGGACGGAUCCGUUCCCUGCGUCGCGAGGCAAUAAUAAGGACCAACGGGAAGCAGCCCUCUCAGCGCCAGCAGCGGGGACCCGAGUCUUUGGCCAGCUAGUCCGCCUUUCCUCGUGGUGCCCGAGCUCCAGCCGGGGAGAGGUGACACUCGCCUCCAAGGACUUCCCAGGGUCCCUUUGUGAUGAGCAGCGGUGGUGGCAGCUCCCUGCCAGUCCCGUCCAGCUACUGCAGGAGAUGAAGCCCACGGCCGGGGCCGCGUUCGCUGGAGCUCGUGGGGCAGCAAGCGGCUCCGGCGAAGCGAGGGGCAGCGGGUGCCUCUGCCCGUCCCUCCCUGACCCCAUGGAACUGCGCCUCUCUCUCUGCCCUCCCCCUCCCAACGUCUUCCAUAGUAUUUAUUUAAUUAGUAUUUAAUUUGUAAUGUUUCCUUUUGGGUUUUUUUUGCUGAGUCUGUAUCACUGUGAUUAUGUGAGCUCCGGGCUAGGGGAUGGGGGCUUCCUCCGGCUCCUCUCCAGCGCUCCCCGCCGGAGCGCUCGGCCCUCGUGCUGCCGAGCCGGGGGGGCCCUGGCUCCCGCGCCUCCGCCGGGGCCGGGCACGGCCGCCUCUCCUAGCUUCGGAGCUGGCUUCUGCUGCAGGCACUCCCGCCCCCGCCAGCGAGGCCAGCCGCCGGCCCCCCGCUCCGCUCCGGCCUCGCCGGGCUCCUCCCUGCGUUUCCUCCGUGCUGCCGCUCCCCGGCCCCCUCAGCUGCAGCCUGCGCCCCCUCCCCGAGCAGCUCCCGCGCUCGCGGCCGCGCGUCCUCCCGGGGCUCGCUGCCGCCGCUCCAUCCUCGCCGCCUCGCGCCCCCUCCGCCGGCGCCUUCCCCGCUGCCCCCGGCCCUGCCGUUCCCCGAGCAGCUCUGCCGGAGACGGGGGGCACGGGGCGCCCCCGGCCGGGGCGCGGGGCAGAGCCGCUCCGCUCCGCCCCGCCGAGAUGGUACAGUUUUAUUGUACAGGUGCUAACAGGACUCUUGAGGACGGGACAAUCUGUUUUUUGGGUUCUUUUUUUUCGUUUUGUUUUAUCCCUGGCUCUUCCCCUGCUCCGCAGCGGGAGCCCCGGGUGGGGGUUUAUUUGUUUUUUCCGUUGUGUUGUGUUUCUUCCCAGCCAGGGCAGGUGUCUCCCUCCCCCUUGGAUCCCCGCUGCCAGCCUCCCCUCCCCGGGGCCGGACAGCUCCUUUUUUUAAACCGAGGGGGUUUUUUGCCUUUGGGUGUGUAUUCUGGCUGCUCUUUCUGAUUUCUGUUUUAUUAUAAGCAACCGGCUGUGGUGUCAAAAACACUUAUGUACAGAAAAAAACCUGCAUCAGGC